AUGUACAACAACGGGGCUGGAAUCGGGCGGGAGUUCAAGUCAUAUAAUACAUUUCGCGGUGAGAACAUCUCUACUGGUGUUCGGAAGACAAAAUCGAGGGUUUCAUUCCGCCUUCUGAAUUUAACUGCUAGGAAUAUGACUCAAGUAGUCAUCAAGUUUCUCUGUCAGGUUGAGAUGGGCUCGAUGGCGCUGCUGCCACCGUAUUUCCAUCCUUGUGGCUCUGGUUUCCUGAGAAACCCAAAUCUCCCGGCUUUGGAGGUCGCUGUUUCCGUUUUUUGGAUAGCUGUCGAGAAGGUGCCUGCAGAUUUUGUGGGAAGUUUCGAUGGAAUUGAAAGGGCCUUACUCUCUCCUUGUCUUUGUUGGCCAGAUGGCACGCCACCCCUUCGUGUGGCCCAAAGCCACAAGCAACACCUGUGCGUGUUUAUUAAGGCGGCAGCACAAGCCCACGCCCCCAGUGCUGUACCUGUUCUGGCCGUGUUACUAACCCCAUCGCGGAAGGACAUGGUGUAA